AUUUGAACUUUCUGGCUGUUAAAAGUUAAUCACAAUGCAGUUACUGUUACUGGCAGCAGCGUUCCUCUUUACGCACGACUGGACCGGAGCUGUGCGCUCUGACAAGUGCGGCUCCCGCUGCGACGUGAACUCGUGUCCGAGCCCCAGCUGUCCCGGAGGGUACGUCCCGGACAGAUGUAACUGCUGCCUGGUGUGUUCACCGAGGGAGGGAGACCCCUGCGGCCGCAAAAACGACCUGCCCUGCGGGGAUGGACUGGAGUGCAAGCUGCUCGCUGCGGGGAAGCGGCGAGGCUCCAAGGGGGUCUGCCGGUGUAAGAUGGAGCAUGAAGUGUGUGGAAGCGACGGUAAAACGUACGGUAACGUGUGUAAGAUGAGGGUGGCCAGCCGGAAAGCUGAGCAGAAGGGCAGAGCCGCAGUUAACCAGGCGCACAAAGGACCGUGUGCACCUUCAGGAGCAGGUCGUCCUCUGGUCCAUCCCAGCAGCCCUCGCUACAAGUACAACUUCAUCGCUGACGUAGUGGAGAAAAUAGCACCUGCUGUUGUCCACAUUGAACUGUUCAUAAGACAUCCUCUGUUCAGUCGCCACAUGCGUCUCUCCAGUGGUUCUGGUUUCAUCGUGAGUCACUCAGGUGUGAUUGUGACCAACGCUCACGUGGUAACCACAGCUGCCGCGGUAACGGGGAGGCCACAGCUGCGUGUGCAGCUCCACGACGGCGACGCGUACGAGGCCACGGUCAGAGACGUAGACAGGAAGUCAGACAUCGCCACCAUCAAAGUUCAUCCUCAGAAGAAGCUUCCCGUGCUGUCUCUGGGCCGUUCAGCUGAUCUGAGACCAGGGGAGUUUGUGGUUGCUAUUGGCAGCCCCUUCGCCCUGCAGAACACCGUCACCACCGGCAUCGUCAGCACGGCUCAGAGAGACGGCAAGGAGCUGGGCAUCAAGGACUCAGACAUGGACUACAUCCAGACUGACGCUAUUAUUAAUUAUGGAAAUUCUGGAGGACCUCUUGUUAACUUGGAUGGCGAGGUGAUCGGCAUCAACACUCUGAAAGUGACAGCAGGGAUCUCCUUCGCUAUCCCCUCAGACAGAAUCAGCCGCUUCCUCACAGAGUCACAGGACAAACACAGCAAAGAAAAGAAAAAGCUACAAAGAAGACUUACAGAGGAGCCUCAGUCUGAUGCAGACGUGUCAGGAGUGAAGAGGCGUUUCUUAGGCAUCAGGAUGCUUACUGUCACCAAAGAUCUAGUGGCAGAGUUGAAACAUCAGAAUCCAGACUUACCUGAAGUCAGCAGUGGAGUUUUGGUGCAGCAGGUCAUACCUGACACUGCAGCAGAAAAUGGAGGGCUUAAGGAAGGAGACGUUAUAGUCAAAUUAAAUGGACAACCUGUCCACACCCCUGAAGACAUCCACGCGGUGCUGCAGCGUGACCAGCCUCUACUGCUUCAGAUCCGCAGAGGCAACGAUGACUUACUGUUCAACAUCCACCCUCAGGUUCUAGUACACUGAAGAACAUCAUCUGGCCCUGGGAAAUAUAAUUCAAGGAGUUAUGAAGAAGCCAUAAAUGGAGUAAUGAACUGAAGUGUUUUCAGGUUAAAACAUUACCAAGCAUGUGCAGCUGUUAGCUGUCUGAUGAUGUAUAUUUUGUUUGAAGGAAUUCUGUUUGCUACAUUUUUGGGCAUGUUUUAUCAGUCAGAGUCUGUUUAAUAAGUUUAUUACAAUACUCAAAAUCCUGCAGAGGAAAAUAUAUUACACUGUAUAUACUAUAAGGCUCAAACUAUUCCAGAAUAAAAG